CUUGUCUUUUUCUUUCAUUAUAUAUCACUAUAACGUGCCAUAGGCAUGUCGAAACUUGGCUAUCCACUCACUCUUCAUCAGUCACAAACUACUCUAGCUACUGAUGAAGAACUGAAUGUUUCUGAAAUCCCUCCUGUUGAUACUGGUCUUAUUCGCUGUAUUUGUGACUCGAACGAAGACGAUGGAUUCACCAUUCAAUGUGAUCGUUGUCUUACUUGGCAACAUGCUUAUUGUAUGAAUAUCACUCAGAACAACAUUCCUGAUCGAUAUCUUUGUGAUGAUUGUAAACCAAAAUUGUCAAAACGCAUCUCUGUCCCAAAACGGUCUUUACAACGAAGUAUGAUAGAUUCAGACGAAGACAUGAUUAGCAAGGCUUCGACAAGAAUGGAAAGCAACAACAGUAGAAGGAAAGAUAAAUAUCAACCCACUAAUGUCAAUACCAUUAAAAGCAAAUUUGUCUAUGAAGUCAUCAAAGAAACAAAAGAACGUUGGAGUCAAUCAUCAAAAUGGAAAUCACAACCUUGGCGGGAUGCUGAUCAGCAAGAUAUUGCCACAUCAACAACAAAUAUCGCUAUUCGAUCAUUACCGAAACAACAACAACGAUCACCAUGUAAACUACGGAAAGGUGCUUUUGCCGAUACCCAAUUACAAGCAAACACUUUUUUGUUGGAAGCGCAUGGAGAAUUGAUAUUGAAAUCUGAAUACAAGUUUGACUCGACCAACAACUAUGCUAUUUUGGGAACUCCCUGUGCUCAUGUAUUAUUUUAUCCUACUCUGGAUCUCUGUAUCGAUGGUCGUCGUUUAGGGAAUGAUACUCGUCAUUUUCGUCGAUCUUGUCAUCCAAAUGCUGAAUUACGUACUAUUGUCUUUCCUUUACAACAAUCUACUGGAUCGAUUCAUUGGAUGAAUGGUAUUACGAAUGGGGAUGAUGAUAUCAAACAACAACUCAUGGAUGGUGGACUAAUUCGACUUGGUAUCUUUACUCGUACACAAAUUGCACCAGGGGAAGAGAUCACUCUCGGUUGGAACUGGCAAAAAGGACAUAUUUCCUGGCGAAAAAAUGUGGAAUGGUGUCGAUCAUCUCAGCUAGAACAUCAUCAAAAUAGAACAACGAAACAAAAGACUCGUGAUGCUAUUCAUCAAAUGUUGGAUCGAUUUGACAAUGAAUUUGGAAAUUGUGCUUGUGGCGAUCAUGAUGUUUGUUUGAUUGAAAGACUUCGACAAGAAUGCUAUCAAGAAGAAGAUGCCGAAUAUUUACAACGACAGCCA